AUGAAAGAGUGGGUGGGGUUGGGGGGGCAAGCAGUUGGCCAGGCAAAUGUUCGGAGGAAGAGCACGGCAAGAAGGACCAGAAGAGCACAUGCCCUAAGGUUGUGUGUGCUGCUCACGUCAGAAGAACAAGGAGAUCACGUGGCAGUUCUGAGGUCCUGUGACCUACAUGUGAUAGGAGCAGCAAUUGCAAUUGAAUUGCAACUCAAAAAUCUUUCACAUUGGCAGGCAUCGGACCUAAAAUCUUCAGACAAGCCUAUAGGCCUCAGCCCUGAAGCCGCCGCGGACGCAGAGGAGAGCGCGGACGCCCUAGCGCCCUGCUCGGCCCGGGCCCCGCCGCGGCGCCUCCCUCCCCUCACCCGGAGCCGCAGCGCGCGGCGGCGGCGGCUCCUCGAGCUCGAGAGAUCCGCUGCCGCCGGCGCCGGCCGAGGGCGAUGGGGCUGGGCUGAGGUGAAGCGGCGGCGGCGGCUACAGCGGCGAGCCCGGCCCCGGUCCCACACAGCCCUUUGGCAGCUCCAACGGGAGGCCGCCCGGGAGACGGUGCGGGGGCGCCAGUUAUCUUCAGUUGUUCUGAAGCACACUACCUUUCCAACCACUGUAGAUAUGGACAAAGAAGAAAGAAAGACUAUCAACCAGGGUCAGGAAGAUGAAAUGGAGAUUUAUGGCUACAAUUUGUGUCGCUGGAAGCUUGCCAUCGUUUCUCUUGGAGUGGUGUGUACCGGCGGCUUUCUUCUCCUGCUCCUCUAUUGGAUGCCCGAGUGGCGGGUGAAGGUGACCUGUGUGAGAGCUGCAAUCAAAGACUGUGAGGUGGUGCUGCUUAGGACUACUGAUGAAUUCAGAACAUGGUUUUGUGCAAAAAUUCGCUUCCUUUCUCUAGAAACUCCCCCAUUUUCAAGUUCAAAAUCUCUGGUUAAUAAAGUUUCAAAUGGCCAUGCAGUUCACUUAACUGAAAAUCUGGCUGAAGAGAAUAGGCUUGAGAUGAAUAAAUACUCACAGCCUCAGUCACAACAGAUUCGCUACUUCACCCACCAUAGUGUGAAAUAUUUCUGGAAUGAUAGCCUUCACAAUUUUGAUUUCUUAAAGGGACUGGAUGAAGGUGUUUCUUGUACGUCAAUUUAUGAAAAGCAUAGUGCAGGACUGACAAAAGGGAUGCAUGCCUACAGAAAAUUGCUUUAUGGAGUAAAUGAAAUUGCUGUGAAAGUGCCUUCAGUUUUUAAGCUCCUGGUUAAGGAGGUUCUCAACCCAUUUUACAUUUUCCAGUUGUUCAGUGUUAUACUCUGGAGCACAGAUGAAUACUAUUACUAUGCUAUAACCAUUGUGAUUAUGUCUAUAGUAUCAAUUAUAAGCUCCCUGUAUGCCAUUAGAAAGCAAUAUAUUAUGUUACAUGACAUGGUGGCGGCUCACAGUACUGUGAGAGUUUCAGUUUGCAGAGUAAAUGAAGAAAUAGAAGAGAUCUUUUCUACAGACCUUGUGCCGGGAGAUGUCAUGGUCAUUCCAUUAAAUGGGACAGUCAUGCCUUGUGAUGCAGUGCUUAUUAACGGUACUUGCAUUGUAAAUGAAAGCAUGUUAACAGGAGAAAGUGUUCCAGUGACAAAAACUAAUUUGCCAAAUCCUUCAGUGGACAUGAAAGGAACGAGAGAUGAAUUAUAUAGUCCAGAAACACAUAGACGACACACUUUGUUUUGUGGGACAACUGUUAUUCAGACUCGUUUCUACGCUGGAGAACUUGUCAAAGCCAUAGUAGUUAGAACAGGAUUUAGUACUUCCAAAGGACAGCUUGUUCGCUCCAUAUUGUAUCCCAAACCAACUGAUUUUAAACUCUACAGAGAUGCCUACUUAUUUCUACUGUGUCUAGUGGCUGUGGCUGCAAUUGGGUUUAUCUACACUAUUAUCAAUAACAUUUUAAAUGAGGUUGAAGUUGCAGAUAUAAUUAUCGAGUCUCUUGAUAUCAUUACAAUUACUGUGCCGCCUGCACUUCCUGCUGCAAUGACCGCUGGCAUUGUGUAUGCCCAAAGAAGACUGAAGAAAGUGGGUAUUUUCUGUAUCAGUCCCCAAAGGAUCAACAUAUGUGGACAACUGAAUCUUAUUUGCUUUGACAAGACUGGAACCCUUACUGAAGAUGGUUUAGAUCUUUGGGGGAUUCAGCGAGUGGAAAAUGCACGUUUUCUUUUGCCAGAAGAAAAGGUUUGCAGUGAGAUGUUGGUAAAGUCUCAGUUUGUUGCUUGUAUGGCUACUUGCCAUUCACUUACAAAAAUUGAAGGAGUGCUUUCUGGAGAUCCACUUGAUUUGAAAAUGUUUGAAGCCAUCGGGUGGAUUUUGGAAGAAGCAACUGAAGAGGAAACAGCACUUCAUAAUCGAAUUAUGCCCACUGUGGUUCGUCCUCCAAAACAGCUGCUUCCUGAAUCUGCACCUGCAGGAAACCAAGAAAUGGAGCUGUUUGAACUUCCAGCUGUUUAUGAGAUAGGAAUUGUUCGCCAGUUCCCAUUUUCCUCUGCUUUGCAACGUAUGUGUGUGGUGGCCAGGGUGCUCGGGGACAGAAAGAUGGAUGCCUACAUGAAAGGGGCACCAGAGGUCAUUGCUGGUCUUUGUAAGCCUGAAACAGUUCCUGUUGAUUUUGAAAAAGUUUUGGAAGAUUACACCAAACAGGGCUUCCGUGUGAUUGCUCUUGCACACAGAAAAUUGGAGUCAAAACUGACCUGGCACAAAGUGCAGAAUGUUGGCAGAGAUGCCAUUGAGAACAACAUGGAUUUUAUGGGAUUAAUAAUAAUGCAGAACAAAUUAAAGCGAGAAACCCCUGCAGUACUUGAAGAUUUGCAUAAAGCCAACAUUCGCACUGUCAUGGUCACAGGUGACAAUAUGUUGACUGCCGUCUCUGUAGCCAGAGACUGUGGAAUGAUAUUACCUCAGGAUAAAGUUAUUAUUGCUGAAGCAUUACCUCCAAAGGAUGGGAAAGUUGCCAAGAUAAAUUGGCAUUAUGCAGACACCAUGACACAGAGUAACGAUUCAUCAGCAAUUGACCCGGAGGCUAUUCCAAUUAAAUUGGUCCAUGAUAACUUAGAGGAUCUUCAGGUGACUCGUUAUCACUUUGCAAUGAAUGGAAAAUCGUUUUCAGUGAUUCUGGAGCAUUUUCAAGACCUUGUUCCUAAGUUGAUGCUGCAUGGCACUGUAUUUGCUCGUAUGGCACCUGAUCAGAAGACCCAGUUAGUAGAAGCAUUGCAAAAUGUAGAUUACUAUGUUGGGAUGUGCGGUGACGGUGCAAAUGAUUGUGGUGCUCUGAAGAGGGCACAUGGAGGCAUUUCCUUAUCAGAGCUCGAGGCUUCAGUGGCAUCUCCCUUUACCUCCAGAACUCCCAGUAUUUCCUGUGUGCCAAACCUUAUCAGGGAAGGCCGUGCAGCCUUGAUGACUUCCUUCUGUGUGUUUAAAUUUAUGGCUUUGUACAGCAUUAUCCAGUACUUCAGUGUUACUCUGCUGUAUUCUAUCUUAAGUAACCUGGGAGACUUCCAGUUUCUCUUCAUUGAUCUGGCAAUCAUUUUGGUAGUAGUAUUUACAAUGAGCUUAAAUCCAGCCUGGAAGGAACUUGUGGCACAAAGACCACCUUCAGGUCUUAUAUCUGGAGCCCUUCUAUUCUCCGUUUUGUCUCAGAUUAUCAUUUCCAUUGGAUUUCAGUCUUUGGGGUUUUUCUGGGUCAAGCAACAGACUUGGUAUAAAGAAUCACAUCCAUAUUCAGAUGCUUUUAAUACAACAGGAAGCCUAGAUGGGAACUCUUCACAUUUGAAUGAUGAAACCAAUCCUGAUAAACAUAACAUAGAAAAUUAUGAAAAUACCACAGUAUUUUUUAUCUCCAGUUUUCAGUACCUCAUAGUGGCAAUUGCCUUUUCAAAAGGAAAACCCUUCAGGCAACCUUGCUACAAGAAUUAUUUUUUUGUUGUGUCUGUGGUUAUGUUGUAUGCUUUCAUAUUAUUCAUCAUGUUGCAUCCAGUUGACUCUAUUGACCAGGUUCUUCAGAUAGUGUGUGUACCAUAUCCGUGGCGUAUAACUAUGCUCAUCAUCGUUCUUGUCAAUGCCUUUGUUUCAAUCGCAGUAGAGAAUUUCUUCCUUGACAUGGUCCUUUGGAAAGUUGUGUUCAGUCGAGACAAACAAGGAGAAUAUCGCUUCACCACCACACAGCCACCACAGGAGUCACUGGAUUGGUGGGGGAAAUGCUGCUUGUCUUGGGCCCUGAACUGUAGGAAGAAGAUGCCAAAGGCCAAGUACAUGUAUCUGGCUCAGGAGCUCUUAGUUGACCCGGAAUGGCCACCCAAACCUCAAACAACAACAGAAGCUAAAGCUUUAGUAAAGGAGAAUGGGUCAUGUCAGAUCAUCACCAUAACCUAG